AUGCACGAGCAGUGUUCUGCUGCUGUCCCUGCUAUCUCUCUCGUCAUGCCUCACCCCGCCCUCCCACGCCGACGGUCAUCCAUGCUCUCCACUGGCUCCGGUCCUCACACUCCUCCGCCUCGCGACGCACCCCUUCCUUCCUUAUUCUCACCCGCGUCAAAUCGGAAGAGUUCCGACAGCUGGAACAGUUCAAUCUACGACGGAGCAGAUGACCUCGAGUGGGAGUGGAAACCAGAGCAGACGCGUCUGUUGUCUAGGACACUAGAUGCGUUACCUGCCCAUCUGUUGACCCCCUUCAACGGCCCCGUACCUCCCUCCAAUCUGCUCGAUAAGAUCGCGAGGGGAGUCAGCGCACGAAAGGGCCCGGUUGAAUGGCCCCAUUCCCUUCGAGCUACUCGGGCCAAGAUCGUCGAGUUGGCCCGUCUCCGCGCGAAGGACGAUACCGCUAGCGAUACCAUUGCCGAGGAGGAAUCCACCGAUCCUGAAGGCCACCCCAACACGAACGACAAGGGGACCAAAAGACCCCUCUAUAGACAGUCCAGUAUGGAUUUCAUGCAAUCCCCCAAGCUUGAUACUGCAGGCGACGCGAUAUCUCGCCUCACCUACCGCCUGCAGCAUACUGAACGUAUGAUUCUAAACCCCGCCCACCCCUUCCUUCGCACGUCACCCCACCAUCGUACCAUCGCCCUCUCAUCCACCGCGAGCUCUACGACCCUGAACUCCCAAAGCUCCUGUGGCUCUGAGUCCCACCUUCCACGGCUGCGAAGAUCUCUGUCUUCGAUUUCGAACACCUCCGACCAGCCCGGGAUGGACCCGCGGGUUCAACGCCUUCGCCGCACAGAGUCGUUCGCAGGCUCAGCGCUGUACCCACCAGGGUCCCCGCUGAAGUGCGCGCCGUCCUUUGGUUCGCUUUCACGGCGGAACUCGGACCUUAUGAGCGUCGAUUGCUCCAAUCGCUCCGACGUCACUACAUCGGACGAAGAAGAGAAAGUACGGAGCAAGAAGGCGAAAAAGCCCAAAGUCAAGCCCUCCUCUCCCACUCCCCCGCUUCUAUCACCACUCACUUCGCCUGUGAAGACGAAGCAACUCCGUCGGACCACGAAGCACAUCUCCAAAGGCUCCGUUCACGCGCCCGCUAAGGACCUUACUCGCCAGGCCCCCCGUACCAAGCUCAACGUCCGGCAGAACCCCAGCAUUCUAGGCCCUGAGCUUCCCUGUGUAACCGCCCCCACCUCGCACACUUCGCAGCCUCCAUCCCCAAUCAGGUCCCGUCCCCGCAAGGUUCCAUCUACUCAUACGCUUUCUGCUUCCAACAAUACGCCCCCAUGCCAGACUCCGGCAACAUCGUCUCCCAGAACCCUCCGUCGUGUGAGAGGCGUCCCAAUGGGCCAUAAGACCGUCGGCAGGAAAAUCUCUUUCGGCAGUCUCCCGACGCCUGAAGAGGAGAACGUUGCCUUCGCCGCCGGACAGGGCCUUGGGAGCGCUUUUCAACUUCGUUAA